AUGCCAAAAGCAAGGAUAUCUUUAUUCGGUUCACUGACAAUUUGGGGGGUGAUUUUAUGCGUUGGCACCCUGAUGACAUCUUCCAUCGAAUCGUUUGCGCCGAUACCGUCCCUCACUUCCACAUCUACCAGAACAUCAAGGACCUUCUCCACAUCACUUCGAUCAAUAUUUGGCGACGAUGAUAAGGAAGAAGUCAAGGACGGUGUCGACUUUCAAUCCUUCAAUCCACUCAACUACCAGGCUGCUGGCAACACCAAACAAAACCAGCAAUACAGUAUUCAGAUUUCGUUGCGCCAAGUUCAAAUGAAGGAAAUGACGGGCGAACUACUGGAGGCGGUAGGAGAUGAAGCCACGACAAAUGAAAUCUUGGCGAGAUUCAAGGAUUUCCUGCUCGAGCCGCUAGACGACCCAGACGCUGUAUUGGUGAGUGAAAAGAAAGAUGUACAUGAUAGUAUUUUGACAGGCGGAACGAAACUUGGGAAGCAUCUCCUUUCUGACUUUUUGUGUGCCUAUUUUCGUCGCCUUCAGGAUCCCGAUUCUAUUUACACUCCUCAAAUGUCGCGGGCAGAGCGAUACGAUGCGUAUCGUUCUUCCAUGGACGAGCGAAUCCAAAAUAGCAAGAACGGGGGCGUUCGUUCUAUAUUACAGUCAAUGAGAGACUUUGUUCUGAGCUUCGAAGCUAAUUGA